AUGGCCAAACUCUCCAUGGCCAUACAGUACUUGGGAAUAAGGUUUUGUUGCCUUGUCGCUGCCAUGAAGAAGCCAGAUUGGUCUGAAUACCAGCACACUAGUUGGUAUCAACAUUUCCUGGCAGAAGCAGGUACAAUGGAGUGUCUGAUGGGCGCAGCAUCUCGCCAUCCCAUUACCCUGAUUGUGCCUGCUCACAGCCAACAGGCUGUUAGUGUACCUGAACGAUGGAUUAAGGAGUGCCAUGUCAAACUGGCCACUACCAUGUCCCAUGCAUGGUGGCAGAACAACAGUGGCAAAGUGGAAUUGGGAUAUGAGAGGAGACCUCUGUGGGACAUAAUUACAGAAGCCACAGAAUUUUUCGCAGGAGUAUCAGUUGUGUGGGUGGAGUCAGUGUUGAACAUGUGGGAAUGA